UUUACUUUUUACUUUAAUAGUGCAAAUGUAGGGUGAAAUGUUAUUGAGCACACAGUCAGGACGGUAUGAAUGGGAAUACCUCGUACAGUUCGUACCCAAAAUGUUUACUUUUAUGUAUUUCUUUAAUGUCCUGUGCAAGUAGCCCGAAAGGGUGGAACCAAAAACGAAGGCAGCAAGAAAAACACACAGGCCGUGCUUUAAAAUUCAUGUCGCCUCCUGACUUACACAACAUUUUUAUCAAUCGAGAGCGUGUUCAGAAUGGAUUUAGCUAAACAACUCGCACUAAAAAUGCUGUCUAGAACGCUGCAAGUGCUGUCUACAUAGGGGACUCGCUGUGCUUUUGAACAGCGCCUCGUUUUCGUGAAUCCCCAUUGGUCAAAGCGUAGCUCCUGCUGCCACAAUACUGCACACACGUGACCCUGCUUUUCUGUACACACACACACACACACACACUGUAAAAAAACGCAGCAGCCACUUAAAAGCCAAUGCUAUGGCGCUUUGACCAGCGAUUUCCCACCACGCAUGCAAACAAUCGCCAUGAACACUUUUAGUCUCCGCUGACUUUCCCCACCGCGCGUUUUCCCGGGCGUAAUGGCGAGCGCGCUGCAGAUGAAGCCCUCCAGUCUGGAGCACACACGGAAGCGCGUGAUUGAUCCACGACGGAGACAAGCUGCUCUCUCAUUCCUCAGCAACAUCUCUCUGGAUGGACGACCUGUGCAGGAUGACGGGGACAUCCAGGCGGAGGAGGAGGAGGACGCCUCGAGGACUAGAGAGAGCCUGGUUUGUGCGGUGGGCCAGCAGGCAUUGGCCGCGGCAGCGAACCAGGCUCUAAGUACUGCCCGCGCCGCUGGAUUCAUGGCCGGGACGGUGGCUACCAGCGCGGCCGCGGCGGCUCCUCCUCCUCCGGAUCCGGACGGGGAUGCUCAGCUGCUCCAGUCCGCCUUCAGCUCCCCGUUUUCAGCGGUGCCGCCGGCUACCAGAGGGAGACUCCAAACCUACACUCAGGGAAUCCUGCCGGUGUCAUACGCCCGGCAGUCCAGCCAGAACUACUGCUGUCUAGAGGGAGGGCAGAUCGCCAACUCAGCCCUGGAGCUCCAAAGAUCCAGGCGGAGACUAAUAUCCCAGCGUUCUUCACUGGAGACUCUUGAGGAUAUUGAGGAGAAUGCGCCUCUACGCAGAUGCCGAACUUUAUCCGGUUCACCCCGACCAAAGAGUUUCAAGAAGGUCCACUUCAUUAAAAACAUAAGACAGCAUGAUAUGCGCAAUGGAAGCAGGGAUGUGAAGGCAGAAAGCGGACGCCAGCGACACCCCUCAGGUGGCAUGAGUGCCAAGGAGAUGGUGAUUGGCCUGGAGGGGGUUGAACUGGGUGCAGAUGGCAAGACGGUGUCAUAUGCACAGUUUCUGUAUCCCACCAAUGUCCUGGGCCGUCGAAACACCAUCGACUCCACGUCGUCUUUCUCUCAGUCUCGUAACGCCAGCCAUCGCAGCCUCAUUCUGGCUCGUGCCAACAGUAACCAGAGUAGCCUUGACACAGGGAAUGAACUGGGAGAUUUCAGGGAGUACGACCCAAAUCUUCUGGAUGACCCACAGUGGCCAUGUGGAAAACACAAAAGAGUGCUGAUCUUUCCCUCAUACAUGACCACGGUCAUCGAGUACGUCAAACCCUCUGAUCUGAAGAAGGACAUGAACGAGACCUUCAAGGAGAAGUUCCCACACAUUCGUCUGACACUGAGCAAAAUCAGAAGCCUGAAGAGAGAGAUCCGGAAACUCACCCAGGAGGAGUUCGGCUAUGAGGAGUCUACAGUGGCCAUGGCCUUUGUUUACUUCGAGAAGCUGGUGCUUCAGGGCAAACUCAACAAACAGAACCGCAAACUCUGCGCCGGAGCCUGUGUCCUCCUCGCAGCCAAGAUUGGAGGAGACCUGAAGAAACAUGAAGUCAAGCUCCUGAUCGACAAACUGGAGGAGAGGUUUAGGGUGAACCGUCGAGAGCUGAUCGCCUUCGAGUUCCCAGUUCUGGUGGCUCUAGAGUUCAACCUGCACCUCCCCGAGCACGAAGUCAUGCCGCAUUACAGACGCCUGCUGCAAAACUCCUAGCGACAGCCCCAUCAGGAGAAGCCCAGCGUCUCUCCUGAUCUCCCCCAGAAAAAAACCCUAUGCACAUCGCCAACGAUCAUCUCCAGAUGUUGGAACGAAGACACUAUUCCACUGUUCUCCUUUCGGCCAAAGUGACAGCUCUUUCGUUUUGACUUGAAGAAGCUACUUUCUAAAGGGAAGACCUCUUUCCUAGACUGUUGAUUUUUCUCAGUUAACUGGGAACAUUUGUUUUCCUGCUUGCAGGUGUUAGACAUACUGAGGGUUCUGUCAGCAUUUGAUCGGCCCAUGUUGUUCGAAUAAGGUUGUUUUUUUUCUCGAUGAAACACAAAAGUAGAAAUCGCUGAUGUUUUCAAUACAGUGGCGAGCUACAAAAACGCGACAAAAUUGGUCCGUUUGACCAGUGCUCUGUUCUGAAGCCGUAGUUUUUUUUUUAAGUAGAAGACUCAACGUUCAUCCAAAAAUGAAAAACACGCCAAACUUGUAUCGCUUGGUUUUAUAUGCAAAACACGUUGAAAUUCCGAAAUAUUGACCGUACAGUGUAAAUAAAACCUUUUACAGAAAACAGUAGUGAACAAGUAGAGCUGCACGAUAUUGGAAAAAUCUGACAUUGCGAUAUAAAGUUUUUCUGUCAUAUGUACUGCGAUAUAUUGCAUCUAUACAAUUUCACCUAAUAAUUAAAUAGCACUACUUGGAAAGAAUUUAUAGACACACUUUAUUUUAAGCAGAGGGCUUAAAAAGGGCCGGUGUCCAGCAAAGUUUAGCUCCAAGCUCAAUCAGAGACACCUGGGCUAGCCAAUCAAUCUCUUACUAGGCAUUCUAGAAACGUCCUUGCAGUUGUGGCAAGUUGGAAUAAAAAUCUGCAGGACAGCGGCCCUCCAGGACAGAGUUUGGGCACCCCUCGUUUUAGGGCUCAUUUUAAGAGACUGACUUUUUUUUUUUUUUAAGUCACGCUCCCGACAGGUAUUAUUCCGCACUCGACCCCUGGAGGGCCGGUGUCCAGCAAAGUUUAGCUCCAACCCCAAUUGGACAAACCUGGACUAGCUAAUCAAGCUCUUACCAGGCUUUCUAGAAACAUCCUUGCAGGUAUGUUGAGGCAAGUUUCAACUAAAAUCUGCAGGACGCUGGCCCUUAAGGACUGAGUUUGGGCACCCCUGAUUUUAAGGCUUACUUCCCGCUAGAGGUCUGCGCGGGACUGAUUUUUUUAGUCCUGCUCCCGCCAGGUCUUAUUUCACACCCAACCGCUUUCGCUGUGUAUUUAGUCUUUAUUCACCUACUGUACCCUUAGAAUAAUUUUCUACCCAACCCGACUAUUCCCGCAAAAUUUAGAUCUGGUUGAAUCCAUACAAUGGGUUUUUAUGAGAAGGCUCGUUGCUCGCCAAAUUUGUAUCACUUUGUUUUAUGUGCAGAACACAUUUGUUGAUAUUCUGAAAUAUUGACCGUAAAGAACAAAUAAAAACUUUUACCGAAUACAGUAGUUAACAAGUAGAGCUGCACGAUAUUGGAAAAAUCUGACAUUGCGAUAUAAAUUUUUUUAAGGCUUAUUUUAAGGGACUGACUUUUUUUAAGUCACGCUCCUGCCAGGUAUUAUUCUGCACUCGACCCCUGGAGGGCCGGUGUCCAGCAAAGUUUAGCUCCCAGCCCAAUCAGACACACCUAGGCUAGCUAAUCAAGCUUUUACCAGGCUUUCUAGAAACAUCCUUGCAGGUGUGUUAAGGAAAGUUUCAACUAAAAAUUGCAGGACAGUGGCCCUCCAGGACUGAGUUUGGGCAUCCCUGAUUUUAAGCCUCAUUUUAAGGGUCUGAUUUUUUUUUUUUGUCCCGCUCCCGCCAGGUAUUAUUCCGCACUUGACCCCUGGAGGGCCGGUGUCCAGCAAUGUUUUGUUCCAACCCCAAUUGGAAAAACCUGGACUAGCUAAUCAAGCUCUUUACCAGGCUUUCUAAAAACAUCCUUGCAGGUAUAUUGAGGCAAGUUUGAACUAAAAUCUGCAAGACACCAGUCCUCCAGAACUUUUUGGGCACCACCAAGGGUUUGGGCACCCCUGAUUUUAAGGCUCCAUUCCCGCUAGAGGUCUGCGCGGGACUGAUUUUUUUAGUGCUGCUCCCGCCAGGUCUUAUUCUACACCUAACCGCUUUUGCUGUAUAUUCAGUCUUUGUUCACCCGCUGCACACUUAGAAUAAUUUUCUACCCAACCCAACUAUUCCCGCUAGAAUGGGGGGGGGGGUAGCAUGUGAUAGACUGCGGGGGUAAGAAGGGUGCAUGACCAGAAGGAACACGUGCGAUUUCCGGGAGAUUAUCACUCGUUUGCGGGCAUUUUGAGUCCCGCAAAUGCAUAGAGACAGGAUGUCUGAAUAUCACGUUUAACAACUGUAGUGAGACGCAAUCCAGUGGUACAAUCUUUAUUUGUACCGGGUUUAUGAUGGGGGCGGGGCAAUGGAUCGCGAUGCUGGCUCAGCAUUGUGUUGUCUAUUGGCCAUCGUCUAUCGGCCCAACCCUAAUGGGCGUUUUAUUCGGAAAUGUAUUCUCGCGCUGCAAGAAAUCUGGUAUCCACCGGUACUGCAGACCACUAAUUCCCGCGAUUGGUCAACGAUUAACUACGACUUUUCUUCAAUAAACUUCUAAUUUGGUCCUUGUUAAUAGAUAUUAAGUUAGCUUAGCUAUUGGGUAACAUUUUGUAAAUGUUCAAAUUACCCUGCAAAGUUUUUGAUGUAUAAAUAACUUAAUACAAUAAUUUUUUAUUAAACUUCCAAUUGGCUAAAUGUCUUGUGCCUGAAUACUUGAACCUCUCUCAGGCCUUAAAAACAUGCAAACAAUACAAUUUCCCUCCAUUAUGGUUAAACUCUGCAAUGAUUCAACAAUUCUCAUGUUCUGAACUGUGACUCUUGCUCAGAUAUAAUCCCAACUCAGCAUUGUAUAUCUACCGCAUGCGAUGUGAAUAUUGCGGAUGCACACAUUGCGAUAUCGAUGCUGAAAGGAUAUAUUGUGCAGCCCUUAUUUGAAGUGAUCAAAAAAGGUUCGUCAACACAUGGUGUUGUUCAAUAGUUUCAACUCAAAAGAUAACAAUUCACUUUAAAUGUUGACUUCUGUAUCUGAAAAAGAAAAGCAAUACAAGUUUGGAACCGAAUUUCGCCUUUAAUAAUCACUGUUGGAAGGUCUGUUGUGUUUCAUGGGAAAAUGAACAGUUGGAGCGAUAUCGAACAAUACUUGACAAGGGCAAGUAAAUGAUGACAGAACAUUGGUUUUCACAUUCGUAUGCCGACCAAGUUUGGACUGUUUGAUUUCUGCAUUCUUUCAGCAGAUUAUAGUAUUUCUGUGUUAUUAGUUUUUCCAUUCACAUCUACCUUAAUUCCAAAGUUUGACACUCUGCCAAAUCGGACGAUCGCUCUCGGUUGAAAGCCUUAAAAAAAAAAAA